UUAAUUCAGGUUAGAACAAGACAACGACCUUUCUAUUUGCUUCUAUUUUAAACGCUAUCUCGUUCUGUCACACACUCUUGUGCCUCUUGUCAUUUGUCACGACGGGUAGAUAUCGCCUGUGAAACGAAAAUUUCCUUGUAGAAAGGAAUUACCGAGGCAAAGAUAACCGCCAAACAGAACACAAUGCCGGAACUCACCGAGUUGGACAAGGCCACCGCCUCCAUGACUGAGAAGAGGAAGGAGGAGACCGCUUCAUCAGACUCCGAUUCUGAUGACACCAUCCCAGAGCUGGAGGAUGCUGGAGCGCCCGGCACCGGUGGUAUCUCAAACCCGAUCGCUGGCAUCGACAUCAUCUCCAAGGCCAAGCAGUCCCGCGGAGAGAAGAAGGCCCGCAAAAUCAUGAGCAAACUUGGUCUUAAGCCUGUAUCCGGAGUAAACAGGGUGACCAUCCGCAAAUCCAAGAACAUCCUCUUCGUGAUCAACUCCCCGGACGUGUACAAGAACCCCCACUCGGACACUUACAUCGUGUUCGGAGAGGCCAAGAUUGAGGAUCUGAGCCAGCAGGCCACCAUGGCUGCCGCGGAGAGAUUCAAGGCACCAGAGAGCGCUGCUGCUGGCAAUGACAGCGCUAGCGCGGGCACGACAGUAGCACCGAUAGCCGAGGAAGAAGACGAGGAAGGCAUUGACGAGUCCGGAGUGGACGAGAAGGACGUAGAGAUAGUGAUGUCUCAGGCCAACGUCAGUCGGGCCAGAGCGGUGCGGGCGCUGCGGAACAACCAAUCUGACAUCGUGAACGCCAUCAUGGUGAGUUUAAUAAUAUAACCACAUUUAGCAGACUGAUUAAACGUAGUAUCAGUCGCCGAGGGAGACGAGGACGGAGAGAUAGUGAUGUCUCAGGCCAACGUCAGUCGGGCCAGAGCGGUGCGGGCGCUGCGGAACAACCAAUCUGACAUCGUGAACGCCAUCAUGGAGCUGACAAUGUAGAGUCACAAUAUAAUUAAACUCUAGCUGUAAGUCCGGUCGGCGGCGGUCCAGCCGCAUUGUUAUGAAAUCCAAAGCGACGGUAUUGAUACACGGGAUUGUAUAUAGGCUAUUUACUGAAAUAAACUAACAUUACAUCUAA